ACAAACCAUGCUCUAACCAUGGUCUUCUAAGAAAAAAGUUCCCAUUCUGCCUUUUGUUUUAUAUUCCAUUUGGCUGUGUGCAACCAAAGUGGCUAAGUGCCAGGACAGCGGCUGGAACAACAGCUGAGGAUAUUUAAUGCCCAAAGAGGGAGCGUACCGAUCCUUCAUCUUGCAACCAGGAAGCUGAGGUAUCAUGAUGAGUCAAAUCGCUCAAAAAAAAACCAACUGCAAAACCAAGCUGCUUCUCUGUGUGGCAAGCGACGCUAAUAAAGCCUGCUUACCUUCAGGCCUGUGCUUUUUAUUGACUGAACGGCGAGGUUUUUUUGGUUGUUUUCUGUGGGUGUGUGCAAAGGAUUUGAUGAUACACGUGGAUGCCGAACGAGGGGAUCACCAAGGGGAAAACUGGUGAAUACCAAACAGUUUCGAAGUGAAACUGGAGGGAUGGGAGGUCUCUCUGAAGUACCCACCCGCGACAGGGGCGGCGCGACAACCCGCGGCGCGUCCCCGGUGAGAGGCGGGAACCGGGCCGGGCCGCCCCGGCCGCUUCCUGCGGGAGGAGGAAGCGGGUCCCGCCGCCAUGGAGCUGCGGGCCAGCCACCCCCCGGCCAGCCGGGCAGCAGCGCUGGCCGCCGGCUACACCCGCUACCGCCGGGGCGGCCCCGGGCGCGGGCUGGCGCUGCGGGCCCUGCGGCGGGCCGGCAGGCAGGACAUCGAAGAUGUUGGGCAUAAGUACCAUCUGGAAUUGGUGUUAGAAGAUGUCCUUGACAAAGACAGUACUGUUAACUGCACUGCUGAGGUUCUUUAUCAUCUGGGCAACAAAAACAUUGCUCCAGAUGUGCAAUUCACACUUGAAGGAGAACUUAAGAACACAGAUGAAGCAGAUAACAUAUUCUACAAUCGAAUCAAGAGCCUGGAAAAAGAGCUUGUGGCAGAAAACAUACCAGACAGCCACGGCAACGUGUCCCCAGAAAUGGAGCCCAUCCACCUGCUAGCGUGGGCCGCCUCCGGCUACGUGAUAUGGCAGAACUCAACUGAAAACACUGCGUUCCAACUUGCCCAAAUUAAACAUGUGAAGCAAGUGAAAAGGAGUGAUGAAUACCUUGAAUUUGACUACAUGAUUCUACUUCACGAAAUGCUGACGCAGGAGAUCAUUCCCUGGCAAAUGACAGUCCUCUGGCACCCACAGCAUGGUGUUCAGGUGACGCAGGACAGCCGUCAGCCAAAACAUGCAUCGGAGUAACAGACCACCUGAUACCGCCAUGGGAGAAGCUCAAAUGCUACAAGAAGCAUUUGAAGGGAGGGCAGAUAAGUUGAUGAGGGUGGAUACGCAAUCGAGACACGAGAAAAAAGCCCUUCCUCAAUUAAACAUUGUGCUAUCACCUGACAAUCCAAAAGGCACUUUCUCCGCUACAUAAUCAAAUUCUGCAUCAAAAUAGAUUUUAAAAACUUCUGGUACCAGAAAGAAUACUUACGGCACAGGUGCAGAGAUGUUCUCCCUAAAGGCAACUUUGGGCUUUCCCAUGGUGCAAGGGCAACCAUAUUCUCUUUCCAUUCGCUGCAGAAAAAAAAGCAGAAUGAAAUACAGGGUUGCUCCAUUGGAACAAUACUUUGGAAAUUACUUUAUUUACAGAUCUUUCUGUAAUGAGAAACUUAAUCAGGGUUAACCAAUUUUUUUGGUUUGAGGUUGGAUUGAUUUUCAGGGUCUUGGUGGGGCUUUUUUUGUGGAUUUUUUGUUUGAUUGUUUUUUUGUUUUAGUUUUUAAAUGUUAUGAAUUAUUCACUGUCAUUCUGCAGUCAUCCUUGUUUAGGGGCUACAGCAAGGAAAGGGAACAGCAUUAAUUAUUUUAUUCAAGUUUAAGUUUUUCAAGACAAAAAACAUCUUUUCUUCAUUCUGUUAACAUUCCAGAUAGAUCUAUUGUGUUAGACUAAAAUAUAGACUUGAAAGACACAAAUAAAUCACUGUAAGUAACUAUUUCCUCCA